AUGUCUUCCGACCAAGCUGUGUCUGGUUACGGCGUUCUGUAUGGGCCUGGGCCAGGCCCAUGCCCUGGCCCUGUCGUGCCCCCAGCUUCCCGAACGUCCAAACGCAAGUAUGGAAGCCCCUCGGUUCGCAAAGACACCCAACUGCUUUUGUCCAAAAAUGCACGUUUGUCGCAGGCGUGCGAUCGGUGCAGAAUGAAAAAAAUCAAGUGUGACGGUGCCAAACCGUCGUGUUCCGCCUGCACCAAAGUCGGCUUCAAGUGCCGGCACAGCGAUAUGCUUUCCAGAAGGGGCACACCAAAAAACUACACGGAAUCUCUCGAGAAAGAAGUCGUGCGUCUGCAAAAACUGCUCGACGAAACCCAAAACUCGUCCCCGGCAGCAGUGCCAGUGCCAGAGCCCGCAAAAUGCCCUGUCAAACAGACCACUGCCAGCAAAGCAAAAUCCAGUCCUUUCUUUGAGCUGCCCUUUAUCAACGACACGUUCCACCUCCAUGAAAAUCGCGUCACCAGCGAUGGUCAGUUCAUCGGUCAUGCCACCUGGAACGUGUUGACCAGUUCCACCUCAGAUCUGUCAAUGGACGUGCUGCCCAACGAAGACGACUGGCUGUUGCGGUAUUUGGUGCGUCAAUUCCAGCUUUCUCAAGAUCGCAUUCCUGCUGUGUUACUAUCCAAGUUCCAAAAUGACGCCAUUUUGUGUGGCAAACGCAUUCAAAAGUGCACCACGCAUUUCCUUGAAACUUCCAUGGCUCUCAUCCCAAUUCUCAAUUCCGCAUCCUGGAGCAAUGACCUCGCCAGGAUUCCUCACACUAAAGUGGUUCACCCUGCGGUUUUGUUAGCUAACUUGCUGAUAUGCCAGUGGAAGUGGUCAUGUUUCAGCGACGAUUCCCUUUUCACAGCAACCAAAAUCGUUUGUCUCAACUCCUCGCAACCUCUACUUCGGCUACAAACCCUCUUAUUGGCCGCAUUCUACUUCAUGGGCACUUCCGGUGCUACUUUGUUGACCAAGUGCUCAACAGCACCCUUCGCAUCGCACUUGCUCAAAAUCGCAUAUGCAGAAAUGGUUAACUUGGGGCUUUACAUCAAUAGUCAUCGCCUUACUCCGGUGCAAUCACACGUCGCACUCAAUCACACCGAGAGAUUGACCACGUUUUGGUGCUUCCAGUUUUUGGACUCUUGGUGGACGUUAAUUCAGGGAGCUCCCAAGACCAAUUUCACUAGCGACGAAUUCUUGCCGCCGAAACUAUCAGCGCUUGGUAAUCCCAGGCUCAAACCUUUUGAACUGCUGCUAGAUUUUGUUUUUGGUUGUCUUGAUGGUUGUAACUUGUUAAAAGCCGUUUCUCAGGGCGCAAACACCUAUAUGGUAUAUUUGCUGGAAACAUUUCGCAAGCAACUUGUACAUUUCAACCUUUACCACGGCUUGACAGAUCACGAAGUUCAUGCUUUGUCCACGCUAGGAACGAAACUAGACCAGCCCUUGUCGACAGAAAUUCAGAUAACGCUCUACUACCUUGUCGUUUCCCUUUUCACACACGCUCAGUCCUUCGAAGUGGUGGUCACUAAGAGAGUAACCUUUGAAUCAGACCAAAAGGACAAUCUGGAGCUCAAAGACGAUACGGACUUUUCCGUGAAAAAAUCGGACCUUCGGAAACACAUCUCGAGGACCUUGAUAAGUCAAAGAGAUAACGCAUAUGAGAUUUUAACCCUUUACUACCUUGUGAUGGUAGAUAUUGGUGAUUCCAAAGUCAUGUCGCCGGUACAACUGAAAACACUGCACUUAUUGCCCUGCGAUAAUCUUUCUCUGCUGAAAGUUUGCUUGGGGACUUUGGCUUCAUGGGCAUCCUCCAAGUAUGCGAAAGAUGAACCUGAUUAUGAGCUCACGUUUAACAAAUGUCAGUGCAUCGUUCAAGCUUGGUGCAAUAUUUGGUAUUUUGACGAAACCGAAGACGAGCUGGUGACGCGGCUACAGAAAGUGUUCCAAUUUACAUUGUCAAUAGCACCACAAAAGGAAGGGCAAGUUAUGGACAAGCUGCUGUAUCUUCACUCUGCGAAAUUGCAGUAUAGGCGGGCACUCAUGCAAAAUCAAUAUGGCGACACAUCUAUUAACGGUAAUGUGGAAGAGCCUUUCAACAACAUAUAUGGUGUUGAUAACAUGGCGAUGCGAGUACCUACUUUAGAGACCAUAAACGCACUUUUCAAUCCUCUGGCAAUGCAAGAAGAGGACGAAGGCUAUGCGGAAGAUGAUGAUGAAGACGACGAACCAUUUUUGGAAUUGCCACUCUUCAAGAGAAGACAACCCUUUCAAAAGCAGGUUAUAGCUCAGCCUCAGCAACCUCCACAACCUCAGCAACAACGGUCCAGCUCUUUGUUCGACCAUCGCCAACCGGGACCCAUUCCCAGGCGCAUUUCUGGGGACGGCAAACAACAAUCCGACGAGCUUAAUGCCCUACCUAAAGAAGAUGAUUCGAUAAAGGGACGCAUAGGAUUUGGCGAGAAAUGGCCCAACGAACAUUAUUUGCUUGUGCAAGAUCUCCAAAAGCCUUCUCCGGCUGUAGGAACACCUCGAUCCCUGGCAGAUCUCUUAUGUCCAAGCUCAGAAGUGUCAAUGCCGACGAAGCUCAACGAUAGUUCUAAUCUCUCGAUAACGUGA